AUGUCUAAUCAACCAUGGCUUGUUACUACGACGACGUCGUCAUACUCUCUCAGAUGGAACGACAAAGGCAGUGGCGCUACUAGAGACGGUGGUUUUUGGCAUCCCAAAUCUGAAGGGGAUUUCCGUCCUCUUGGUAGCGUUGGACUUCCACAUUGGAAAGACAUCAAUGGUAGUCAUUCAUCACUGCUUAUUAAAGCCAACCCAAACGCAACUGGGGCGCUGCCACCAGUCACCAGCCCGACUGGCUAUACCCUGAUCUGGAAGGACGAGAAGAGCAAAGCCGACAAGGACGGAUCGUUCUGGCGGCCUAUUGCUCCAAAUGGCUAUGUGGCACUGGGAGAUGUCGCCCGCGGGGGGUGGUCGACGCCUGACAUCAGCGACGUCUGGUGCGUGCGCGCAGACCUUGUUAAGCAAGGUAGCUUCGCCGCUCAUAGCGUCUGGGAUGACAAGAAGUCCGGCGCCAAGACUGAUGUGUCAAUUUGGGAGAUUCGAUCUGCCUCUCGUUCCGAUGAAUCUGGCAUCGACGACUCUGCGGCUGCUGAACCUAUCCCAGCUGACCCUCGUGCUACGUAUCUCGGCGCUAUCCGCGCAAGCCAAAACUAUAACGCUCCUGACUCCAGCUUUGCCCNCGUUCCUGCCGUGUAG